GAGGACCAGACAUCUGGAUCCCUGGGCCGCUGGCUACGUGGGUCUGAGACUACAGGUUCCCCAGAGCACCGUCUACACUGAGAGGGGAAGCCCAACAUGAAGAGGCUCCUCCUGGUCACCAGCCUGGCGGCUGUGUUGCUGCUGGAGGCGGAAUCCGCCUGGGCCCCCCAGGUCCUCGUCCAGACCAAAGGCGGAGUCGGGGCCGAGCAGGACACAGAGGAGGCCUGGGGCGCCCGCGCGGCGGAGCCUCCGGAGAAGGACGACCAGCUCAUAUGGCUGCUCAUGGCACCAAAGCUCUUGGCCGCCACGGAAGGGAAUCGGCGAGGUGCCAAGGCCCUGGCAGAGACCCAGGACACUGCCGGCCGUGUCCCAAGCCCCAGGUGGGGCCCUGAGCCUGACCGUGACAGCCUGUACCACGACUGGCCCGAGGAGGCCCAGGAGGAGGCGAGGCCCUGGGCUCAGGUGCUGCCACCUCACCAGGUGCUCCACGGGCCAGAGGAGGACCGAGACCACAUCUACCACCCCAGGGAGGACUCCUAG